AUGGCAGGAGCCAGAUUUUCUCAGGAUGAGUUCAUGUGUUCAUUGUGUCUGGAUUUCGUGAAGGAUCCAGUGACCAUCCACUGUGGACACAGUUACUGUAAGAGCUGUAUUACAGACUGCUGGGAUCAGGAGGAUCAGAAGAGAGUCUACUGCCCUCAGUGCAGACAGACCUUCAGACCAAGACCUGCUUUAGCUAAAAACACCAUUCUGGCUAGAAUAUUGAAGAAACUGAAGAAGACUAAACUUCCUGCUGACUGUUACGCUGGAGCUGGAGAUGUGCAGUGUGACGUCUGUACUGGAAGAAAACACAAAGCCGUCAAGUCCUGUCUGGUGUGUCUGAACUCUUACUGUCAGAAUCACCUUGAACAACAUGAGAGUUUGUUUAAAGGAAAGAGACACAAUCUGACUGAAGCCACUGGACGACUGCAGGAAAUGAUCUGCCAGAAACACAACAAAAUCGUUGAGGUUUUCUGCCGCACUGAUCAGAAGUGUAUAUGUGUGCUGUGUAUGGAUGAACAUAAAAAUCACGACACUGUAUCAUUUGCAGCGCAGAGGACAGAGAAACAGCACCAGCUGAAGAAGACGCAGAGGUCGUUCCAGCAGAGGAUCCAGCAGAGAGAGAAAGAUCUUCAGCAGCUGAGAGAGGCUGUGGAGUCUCAUAAGCGCUCUGCACAGACAGCAGUGGAGGACAGUGAGAGGAUCUUCACUGAGCUCAUCCGCUCCGUUAAGAGAAGCCGCUCUGAGGCCACACAGCGGAUCAGAGAUCAGGAAAAGACUGCAGUGAGUCGAGCUGAAGGACGACUGGAGCGACUGGAGCAGGAGAUCAAUGAUCUGAGGAGGAGAGAUGCUGAGCUGGAGCAGCUUUCACACACACAGGAUCACAUCCAUUUCCUGCAGAGUUUCCAGUCUCUGUCAGCUCCUCCUGAAUCUACAGAUGUAAAUGACGAUCUCUUCAGUUCUCUCUCCUCUUUUGAUGUCGUUAGAGAAUCUGUCCAUCAGCUGAGAGACAAACUGGAGGAUUUCUGCAAAGAGGAGCUGAAGAAGAUCUCUGACAGAGUCACUUUCACCAACAUUGUUCCCAGGACCAGGAACAACUUCCUACAAUAUUCCCAUCAGCUCAAUCUGGAUCUGAACACAGUGAAUAAACGCCUCUGUCUGUCUGAGGGGAAUAGAGUGAUUACUUACGCUGUCACACUCCAGUCGUAUCCUGUUCAUCCAGACAGAUUUGAUGUGUAUCCUCAGGUGUUGUGUAGAGAGAGUGUGUGUGGACGCUGUUACUGGGAGGUUGAGUGGAAUGGGUAUGAUGUGCGUAUAUCAGUGUCAUAUAAGAGCAUCAGCAGGAAGGGAUCGGGUAAUGUGUGUUUGUUUGGAUGUAAUAAUAAGUCCUGGAGUUUGAUCUGCUCUUCCUCCAGAUACUCAUUCAGACACAAUGACAUAGAGACUGAACUCCCUGUAAAGUCCAUCAUCAGUAGAAUAGGAGUGUAUGUGGAUCACAGUGCAGGAACUCUGUCCUUCUACAGCGUCUCUGGAGACACAAUGAGCCUCAUCCACACAGUCCAGACCACAUUCACUCAACCGCUCUAUCCUGGGUUUUGGGUUGGUUUUAAAUCAUCAGUGAACUGUGUUGAUGAAUCAGAAUAGACUGUAGAUUCUACCAAUGAGAUUCUACCCAUAAUGCUUUGAGCUCAUGAUGAAUCAGUAACAGUGAGAUGUUAUAGAGUCUCUUAUACUACGGGUCUGUUGAAUGCUCGAAUCUGAUUGGUUGACCAACGUUCUAAGGUGUGCAGUUAUUUUCAGGGAGACGCACGGCUAAAGUAGUUCUAGCAGGUCUUGACCGCAUUACAGUUUCAUAUCACUUCGCCAAAUGUUUUCAGUUAUUUCAAUAGGUCCAGCCUACAACCGCAAAAGAACCAAAACCCACAACAGUACCGACCAAGCAAAUAAAUAUAGUAAACAAUAGGAUGAAAACGACAAAUAAUUGUAUCCUUAAAGCGUGUACACUCUCGCACACACUCUUUCAAACGUACACAUGACAGGUAACGUUAGCCUACUGUAUAGUACGGACACACACUCAAACAGAAACGUUUAGUCAGUGCUGUCCUGACGAAUUAAUCAGUAAAACAGUUUAGCAACCAGUGCUGGGGAAGCUACUCUGAAACUAUAGUUUGACAAGCUACAAGCUACUCAUGAAUUAAAAUAGUUCAAGCUACCCUUCUGAAAAAGUAGUUAGCUACUGGUGCAUCCAAAAUGGUCAAUAUUCAUAUUCAUGCAUUUCAUGUUAAUCAUUUUAUCAAUUA